AGAAGCGAUUUAAAGAGACAACACCCUCCGCCCGCGCCGCUCCCCGCUCCCAUUCCUAGUCAGCUGAUGAGGCCUGAGCCUGGGUUCAUCUACGGGGCAUCCUGGGCCGCUCUCUUCCUGGGGGCGCAUGGAGGAGCCGCUGGAGAUGCCGCCUGGGGAGGAGAGCAAGCCUUGCUCACCCUCGGAGGAGCUCGCCACUGACCCCUCCUUGCAGGUUGAGAUCUCAGACGCAGUCAGCGAACGGGACAAGGUGAAAUUCACUGUCCAGACCAAGAGCUCCCUGCCCGACUUCACCCGCCCAGCGCUCUCUGUGGUCCGGCAGCAUGAGGACUUUGUUUGGCUGCAUGACACCUUCUCUGAAAAUGAUGAAUACGCUGGCAUAAUCAUCCCCCCUGUGCCCCCCAGGCCUGACUUCGAGGCAUCGCGGGAGAAGCUGCAGCGCCUCGGGGAGGGGAACAGCACCCUGACACGGGAGGAGUUCGCCAAGAUGAAACAGGAGCUGGAGGGCGAGUACCUGGCUAUCUUUAAAAAGACGGUGGCAAUGCACGAGGUGUUCCUGCAGCGCCUGGCAGCCCAUCCUGUCCUACGCCGGGACCACAACUUCUACGUCUUCCUGGAAUAUGACCAAGACCUCAGUGUACGUGGCAAGAACCGCAAGGAGCUGCUGGGCGGUUUCUUCCGGAACAUCGUCAAGUCAGCUGAUGAGGCGCUCAUCACCGGCGUGUCGGGUCUGAAGGCAGCGGUUCCUUCGGUGUCUCUACCUGACGGGCUAGUCGGCUGCACAAAUACACGUUCCUGUGCCUAAAGCAGACUGGGCUUAUGUGCUGCUUGCCAAACCCAUCUGAAGAACAUCAUUCAAGUGCUUACUUACAACUCUUGUACACACCCGGACCCUAUGUCACCCUGGAAUAUUAAUGAGCAGGGAGUUAGUUUUCCAGU